AUGAUUUCUAAGCUUACCACGAGCAAGGGCGACGUGACACGGGAGUUGGCCCUGCGUGCAGACAGGCUCCAAAACUUCAUUAAAGCGGUGAAGCACCGCACCAUUUCAGGCGCAGAGCCUGGGGCGAUAUUGGAAGACAGAACAGAGCAGACGGAUUGGGUCGUGUCGCUACAGGCUGUGAAGAGUGCGCUCCACGACUCGGAGCAGGCCACAACAGUGAGUUCCAGCAGAAUUCAGCAUGUGAUUGGCAGCGAAAUGGGUUGUGAUGGCGGUGCCGGCAGCUACGCAGUGGGUGGUGGAGGUGAAGACUUUCGCGGGAAUGGGCUCAGCGGCGAAGUACCACCGCCACCGCCACCAACACCAACACCAACACCAACACCAGGUGAUGAUGGUGACCGUGGCAGUGGGAUCGGCGGUGGCCGUGCGGGCAGCGAUGACGGUGCUAGUGGUGUCGGCGGCACUAGCUCCCGAAAGCCUCAGAGAGACCGCGCGCUACACAAGAUGACCAGAGCUUGUUUAGAGAUCUCCUCUAUGACUGGAAGCCUGCUUAUGAAUGGGUGA